CAGUUUGCAUUCAUAUUGCACACUAAACAAUUAUUGUAAGGGACAAAGAAAGAAAUCAACAAAUGGAUGGGAGAGAACAACAUUUUCAAUCUCUGAGCAUUUGCCGAAGGCUCUACAACAUCAUCUCGAGAAGCCUAGCCUAUCAAACCGUCAAGACUGUCACUUUAGGCCCUCCAAUGAAGCAAGGCUUAGCCCAACUGCACGAUGAAUCAAUGCCUCAAAAAACUUCGGGAAGGACACCAGAAGAGGAAACACAUGAAGCAGCAACAAUUGCACAGCAAGCAAAACCUCCAAAGAAAACGGUUAGCAUAUGUGACAGGGUAGAGGAUAUGGAGAAAGCUAUGAAGUUAAGACGAAGGAGCAAAUCGUUUGAAAAGUUGAACUGGUUAGAGCUAGAAAAAGAGGAGCUAAAACAAAAACCUUUAAGAUCAAUUCUGAAGGUUGGUUCUGGUUUGAGCAAGAAGAUGGCACAUAUUUGUGAAUCUUAACUACAUCAACUCAAGGCCUUAUAGGGUUGUGUUACUUCUCUCUGUUGUAACUUGUAAGUGUAAAUAUACAAUGUAACCAAAUGCGCUCAUGCUACAGUUCUUCAACUAGCUAGCACAG